GAUUAAACGAAGAAGAACUUGGGCUUUUGUGAAGAUCACUGGCAAUAAUGUCCAACCUGAUUUAGCUCCUACAUGGGGUCAGAAUGGUGGUCAACCUCUGCCUGCCACAUUUUGAGACCACUGCCAACUGCAACAAGCUGUGUGCUGAUGGCUGUGAUGUUUCCAACCUCCUGUCUGGGGACCCAGCUGCUCGACGCAGAGGUUUUAAGCUGGAGUACUUCCUCCGUCCUCCAGUACAUGUGACGCUGCACUUUCAGAUGAAGGUCAAGUUAUACCGUGUGGACAUUGAGCUUUGGCCUUGUGGCAAUGUCCCUCGAAGGCUUGAGAUCCAUACCAGCUCAGAUUUGACUAAAACUGUACAGCAUGAACAAGAGAGUGGACAUUUUUGGCUUGUUGGACGUUGUGAUUUGAACGAGGAGGUGCUCACGUGUUUCCAGCAUCCAAAUUUCAAACACAGAACUCAAACACAGUUUACUGAACCUCCACCGGAACCUCCGAUCCAUGCUAGGCAGGAGGAGCUUUGGAGCCGGGGAUUCCACUCACUUAGCUCAGUGACCCAGCUUCGUAUCACUGUACCCUACUGUGCUGCUUCUACUGUGCUAGGAAUUAAGUCCUUGGCGGUUUGGGGUGUUCCUGCAGACUGUUGUACUGCUUCAGAAGUGGAAAAGUUUCAAAAGGCUCUGUUUAAUAGCUUGCAACCGAGGCAUUUUCCAUUGCUCUCACCAGCUUCUACCUCAGCCAAAUCCCCAAGCCCUGACCCUGAUUCCUCAGAAACUCAAAUUCCUGAUGAGUUCCUGGACCCUCUGACCCAGGAGCUUAUGAUUCUACCCAUGAUCUUGCCCAGUGGUAUGGUUGUGGACAACAGCACCUUGGAGGAGUACCAGAAAAGGGAAGCCACAUGGGGAAGGUUGCCUAAUGAUCCUUUCACUGGUGUCCCUUUUACGAAGGAGUCGAAACCACUUCCUAACCCCCUCCUGAAGAGCCGCAUUGACAGUCUGAUAUUACAAACCGGAUGUACGGGAAUUGGAAACAGGAGCAGCCGGAGCGAAGCUCAACCAUCCAGACUUGUCACUCCAUCAGCAGCAGAAAAUGACCAGACUAGUACACAACGCUCACAGAGAGGAAUUGUUGAGACACAGACCCAAAGGGUUUGCUCAGGGAGUUCAGAUUUCACAGAGAACCUACGCAAUCAACUCAACAAUGAAAACAAAGGCAGUGGACUAAGUGAAUCUAAGGUUCAAUCCAAUAGUUCAAUCCAACAGAAGCCAGAGUUUAUACUGGCAUCUGUUUCUAGAAUGACCAGUAUUAGUGGGAGGAGCUUGGGACACUCAAUUAAAAGGAAAUAUCAGUCAACAAUUUCCUCAAGCAGUGCAAAUAUAUCUACUUUAUCUCCCUUAUACAAAAUGCCCAAAACAGAUGGACGUACUGACCACGCCACAGAAACAAACUCCAGCCAAGCUUCUCAUGAACAGCGCCUGUCUCAGAGUUUAGAUGACGCGCUGAGUUCUGCUCUGCAAGGUUUACCCACGUAUACCUCACAAAGCAACCCGAAGCCAGACGGCGCAGGAGGUCAGAGCAGAUGUGGGUCAUGCUCAUCAUCUUUGGAUAUUUACUCCAGUCCGGUUGCUUACUCUCUUCCCUGCGGCCAUCUGCUGUGUCGAGUUUGCCUUCACCGUGAACACUCCUCCAGUUCGCAGAGACUGCCGUGUCCCACUUGUAGAGAAAGUGCCUCACCCAGUGCAAUCAUGAGAGUGCACCAUUAAAUAUAAAUUACUGCUGAUGAGAGAAUUUUGUAAUAUCCUGUGUGAAAAUACAAUGACCUUCAGUCAUGGAACAAGACCUUGGUACAAACUGUUUUUUGAUUUUUGU